UGUGUUACACGUGUACUGGGACGUUCCUCCCUUUCCCCGUGUCCUGCCGGGUUCAGCAUGAGCUGGCUGAGCAGGCUGAACCCGCGGGGCCCCGGGACCCGGGCUGGUCGGAGCGCUGCGCCCUCCAGCCCCUGCAUGGCCGACCCGGAGACCUGCCUCAUGGUGUUUGAGAACCACUGGAGACAAGUGUCGUGGGUGCUGGAGCAGCAUGAGAGCUCGUCCUCCAGCGAUGAUCUGACAGCAGUGAGGAACAACACGGACCAGAUGCUGUGUCUGCUGGCGGAGGAGCGGCCCGCCGAGAGCUCGGAGGACGGCUCCUCCGUGGCUCCCAUCGGCCCCAUCCUGGAGCUGGUGAUCACGGAGAACAUCCUGGAGCGGCUGGUGCAGUGGCACGUCCAGCGCGGCCUGGACCCCGACAGCCAGGGGGCGCUGCUCAAGCUGUUUGAGAUGCUGAUCGGCCAGUCACAGCAGCCCCUGCUGCAGCACACGGCCGUGCUGCACCCCCUGAUGCGGCUGCUGGGAGCCUGCGCUGACCCGGAGCUGGGCUGUCCCCCCGCCCUGGAGAACAGCCUGGUGCUGCUGCUCAACCAGGUGUGCGUGUCGAUGGCCCGGCAGCCGGUGCUUCUGGAGAUGCUGUUCCGGGCGGCGCCGGCCCAACAGGGCUCCACCAACCUGCUGAUCUUCUCCCUGCUGGUGCCGUUCAUCCACCGGGACGGAGCCAUCGGGCAACAGGCCCGCGACGCGCUGCUGCUGGUCAUGGCCACCUCGGCCAGCCACCAGGCCGUGGCUCGAUACAUCGCUGAGAACUCCUACUUCUGUCCGGUGUUGGCGACGGGGCUCAGCGCCCUCUACUCCUCCCUGCCCAGGAAGAUCGAGGCGCGAGGCGAUGACUGGCACGCUCUGCGGCGGGAGGACUGGAUGGGCGUGUCGUCGCUCGUGCUCUUCAUGAACUCUCUGGAGUUCUGCAACGCGGUGGUGCAGGUGGGGCACCCCAUGGUGCGCUCCCAGCUCCUGGACUACCUCCACAACGGCUUCCUGGUGCCCGUCGUGGGCCCCGCCCUCCACAAGUCGUCGGUGGACGAGAUGAUUGCCAGCACUGCCUACUUAGAUCUGUUUCUGCGCAGCAUCACGGACACUUCCCUCCUCAGAACCUUCCUGCGCUUCAUCCUGCUGCAUCGCCAUGACAAUGACACUAUCCUGGACACCCUGCUCACGCGCAUCAGCAGCAACUCUAGGCUUUGCAUGGUGUCAUUGAGUCUGUUCAGGACUCUCCUGUCCCUCAACUGUGAAGACAUCAUGCUGCAGCUCAUCCUCAGGUAUCUGAUGCCCUGCACUCACGUGAUGCUGAGUCAGCGUCGGGCCAUCAAGGAGACCGACCUGUACGGGAAAUCAGCAGACAAGUUCCUGUCCCUGAUCCCGGAGUGCUGCCGGCUGAGCGCUGCGGCCUCCGGGGAGAGGGACGACGACAAUCCCUUCUGGGCCAAAGCCCUGAACAGCCCGAGCACGGAGGCUCCAGCUCCAGCUCCGGCUCCAGCCCGACCCAGCACCCCGUCCCGCUUGUCUUUCUUCACCCGGCAGCAGAGCGGUUCAGGCGGGGGUCCGUCCGGCCUCCCCAGCGUGGAGCAGACGGGGCCCGGGUCCCGGCCCCUGUCCCCCGACAGCCCCAUGCACCAGCAGCAGCAGCACUACGACUGCCUGGACUGGGACGCCGGCUACCUGGAGUACCUGAGAGACGCCCAGCGGGGCAUCACGCUCUGCUCCUGGGCCUGCCAGGACUGGUCCGCCCCGUACGACGGAGAAACCCCCUCCCCGAGCACGGCCCCGCCACCCCCGCCCCCCCCGACCUCCAACCCCUCCAUGGCCAUGUUCCCCGAGCACUUCUCCCUCCAGCCGGGCGGCAGCAGCAACUCCCCUCCCGGCCAGCAGAGGGCGGCCAUCGUGGCGGCAGCACGGACAGAGUGGAGCCACUCGGACCGGGACAGCGGGGAGUGGGACGUCACCAUCGGACAGAACAACUGCAUCAGCCUCACGCCGCGCUCUAAGAAACGAAGCCUGCAGAGAGAAGAGCUCCAGCCCAAACCUCUGCCUCCUCUCAUCCCGUCCUCGUCUUCUGCUGCUUUAUCAGCCUCACACUCCUCCUCCUCCCCGGCUGCUCACGUUCCCUCCUCCGCCAUCACCGUGAGCUACCAGGCCAUGUAUAACGGAACCAUGACGCUGGCUGACGGCUGUUCUGACAGCCAGGAGAGAGGACUGGAGGUAAAGAAGGUUAAGAGAGACUUCGGAGAGCAGCCGUAUAUGGAUGAAAAUCGAAACGGAUCCGUGGUUUCCUGCCCCUCUCAAAGCUGCAACCCUCUUCCAAAAUCCAUGUUCGGCAACAGCGAUGACAUCAGCGAUGCAACAUCUCUUUGCCCUAACCAGAUUCCCUUCCAGCCAGGACCUGAAACCAAAUCCCCGACCGGUGAAACCUCAGAUCAAACCCUCAGUACGUCCUCAGAAACCCCGGAGAGCCAGCAGUCCCAGCAGUCGGUGGAGUCUCUGAUCGAGGAGCUGCUGGAGCAGGCGCCGGGGGAGCCCCAGGGGACCGGGGACAGCAACGGCCAGGGCAUCAGCAUCGAGGCCUUCACCCAGGAGCUGAGGGAGCUGGAGGAGCGGGUGAGGGAGCGCACCAGAGCCGCCUGUCAGGGGGAGGAGUCGGCCCCGGACCCGCGGCCCGCCGGCCGGCCGGAAGAGGAGCAGCCGUCUGCGGUAGCUGAGACGAAGCUGCCGGGAGACGGCAAGGCCGACGGCUCGGUGCCGGGAAUCUGCAGCCCCGCCAGACCGCUCACCCAGCUCUCCUCCCAGCCAUACACAGGUCCAUUUAUGGUGGUUCUAUUUGCCAAGCUGGAGAACAUGCUCCAGAACUCGCUGUACGUCAACAUCCUGCUGACGGGCAUCGUGGCCCAGCUGGCCUGCUAUCCUCAGCCCCUGCUGCGCUCCUUCCUGCUCAACACCAACAUGGUCUUCCAGCCCAGCGUCAAGUCACUCAUUCAGGUUUUAGGUACUGUGAAGAACCGCAUCGAGGCCUUUGCAGCGUCGCACGAGGACUUCCCGUCCAUGCUGAGGAGAGCCCAGCAGUACCUGGUGGCCCGGGGCAGGGUGGACUGGGCCGAGGCGGCCGGCGUCCCGCCCCUGCGCCGCUCCGACUCCCUGGUGAAGAGUCGUAAGACGUCCCUGGGGGACCUGAUCCUCCGUCACACCAACAGCCCCACCCGGGCCCGCCACGCCGCUCAGGUGGCUCUGGCCCACGUGCGUGACGGCAGCCACUCCCUGCACAGCGCGCUGUUCCGGGGCGGGGCCGGCCCCGGCGGCGUGGCCGGCCUGGAGAAGCAGGCGGAGGCGCUGCGGGUCAAGAACGCCGUCUACUGCGCCGUCGUCUUCUGCGAGUUCCUCAAGGAGCUGGCCGCCCUGGCCCAAGAGCACGCCGUCACGCUGCCCUUCCCCCCGGGCCGGGAGGCCGAGGAGUAG